AUGAUAGCUAUAGUAUCGUUGUGUACGAUCUCCAUCUGUCUUCUCCCCUUGGCAAGCGCACGAGCGGUCGAAGAUGAUUCCAUUUCCCGAACUUCAGACAUCGUUCAAUUGAAGUCAGGCCAAAAAAUUGAACAAAUACAUUGCGGCGAAAACUGUUGCCCACACAUCGCGAAGUGUUGUAAAAAAGAAAUGUACUGUUGCAUGGAAAUCGGAUUUUUACCGACCACGAUGGUGAAUGCAAUAAAAUGCGAUUAA